AUGUCAAAAAUUGAAGACGACGAGGAUGUCGUCAUGUCCGACAUGGCCCCUCCAACCGUUAUCCCCAUUGGACCUGGCCGUCCUUUGAGCGCUAGUCCAGAGAAGCUCCCCAGCCCGCUGGAAUUGAACGGCACAUCAGCCCCAGUGCCAGAAUCAGCACCAGCACACUCGGGGCAAUCGGCAUCGAUUACAGCUCCCCGGCCCGCUCCGUCUCAAAGCCACGCCCCGUCAUUAAUGCAGUCCUUCCGAGAGAGAUUCGCUGCGCCACCGGACCACGCCACGGCCGCGACCCCGCCAACCAAGUCGUCGCCGCCGCACACUCUCAAGUACGGUUCCGACGCAGACAGCCUUGUCGAGGAGGACUCGGACUGGCCCAACGACAACGCCGAGGACACGAGGGGCUUACCCCUGGCGUCGCUGGCGACCGGCUUAUGCUAUGACAUCCGCAUGCGGUAUCACUGUGAAGUCAAGCCGACCCUGGAUGUCCACCCCGAAGACCCUAGGCGCAUUUAUUAUAUCUACAAGGAGCUUUGUAAAGCCGGGCUUGUGGAUGAUCCAGAGUCAUCGAGACCGCUGGUCUCGCUGCCGCUGCAGCGCAUUGGGGCGAGAGAAGCGACUGAGGAGGAGAUCUCCCUCGUGCAUGAUACGGAGCAUUAUGAUUUUGUGAAGAGUACAAAGUACAUGUCGGAGGAGGAGUUAAUUGCCCUCGAGCACACGCGGGAUUCCAUCUAUUUCAAUUCUCUCACGUUUACAUCUUCCAUCCUGUCAUGCGGUGGCGCCAUCGAAACCUGCAAGGCUGUCGUGAGUGGGCAGGUGAAGAAUGCUAUUGCAGUCAUCCGGCCCCCGGGCCACCAUGCGGAACAGAACAAGACGAUGGGGUUCUGUUUGUUUAAUAAUGUUUGUGUUGCGGCGAGGGUGUGUCAGAGGGAGUUUGGGGAGAAGUGUCGGAAGAUUUUAAUUUUGGACUGGUAUGUCGUUGUUUCUUACUCAGGAAACGGCGUUCAAAAGGCCUUCUAUGAUGAUCCAAACAUCCUUUAUAUCUCCCUCCACGUGUACAGAGACGGUUCUUUCUAUCCCGGUGGCGAAGAGGGUAAUUGGGACCACUGCGGAGAGGGAAAUGGACUGGGAAAAAAUAUCAACAUCCCCUGGCCAACGCAGGGUAUGGGCGAUGGCGACUACAUGUAUGCCUUCCAGGAAGUUGUGAUGCCCAUCGCGUAUGAAUUUGAUCCGGAUUUGGUUAUCAUAUCUGCUGGUUUCGAUGCGGCCGCCGGUGACGAGCUGGGCGGAUGCUUCGUGACUCCUCCCUGCUACGCCCAUAUGACCCGCAUGCUUAUGAAUGUGGCAGGGGGUAAGGUCGCUGUUUGUCUGGAGGGAGGAUAUAAUUUCCGAUCAAUAUCCAAGUCCGCCCUUGCUGUGACGAGGACGCUGAUGGGUGAACCGCCCGACCGCCUCCAUGCGCCAUCAGCUUCGCGGGCGGCAGUACACACCGUUAAACGGGUCGCGAUGAUCCAGUCUGCAUACUGGAAGUGCAUGUAUCCGAAAGGUCCGCCAGAAUCUUUCCAGGGUAAUAGGGUUCAUGAUAUUAUACGACAAUACCAAGCAAAGCAACUAUACGACAACUGCAAACUCACAAGCCUCUACAUAUACAGAGACACAAUCUCCAAAUCAUUUGAGAAUCAAGUACUCGCAAGUCCAAAUUACGACGCGGAAAACCCGCUCCUUGUCAUCUUCCACGAUCCACCCGAACUCAUGGGCAUCCCACACCCGGUCACCAAUACACUAGAACCGCACAACUGCUGGCUUGCUGAUAGCGUCAAGGACUACGUCGAAUGGGCCAUGCAGAACAAUUUUGGCGUCAUCGACGUUAAUAUUCCUAAACAUAUUACUUUGUCUGCGAAAUCAGCGGACUAUCAGGAUGACCACCGCGCACGUAUGCAGAUGGGCGAUCAGCUAGCUACGUACCUCUGGGAGAAUUAUAUUGAACCCAACGACGCCACAAGCAUCUUCUUCCUUGGAGUCGGGAACGCAUAUUUCGGCCUGGCUAAUCUCCUUGUGAACACCGCAGAACGUGUCCACGAACGCGUAAGUGGCGUCAUCUCCUUCGUGGCCGAGAGCCCCGUCCGCGCUGUCUCGAGCAAUACCACAACUUGGCUAUCGAAAUGGUAUAAAGAGAACUCCCUCGUCUUCGUCUCGCACCUGCACGGCGUCUGGGCCGGGCCGGAGAACAGCCGGAAGCUCUCGAAGCGGUAUGGCCGGCUGAUACGAUCGCCGAAUCGGGGCCUCAAUGAGAUGCUUAAUGCACACAAGGAGGAUGUGUUUAAGUUUAUGGAGGAGAGGGUGGAAGAGGAGGCGGAGGAGGGGGGGGAGGGGGUGAAGGAGCAAGGGGAAGGAUUAGGGGAAGGAUUAGGGGAAGGGGGUAAAGGAGCUUCAGAUUUAUGCGGUUAUGUCUUCGCUCUCUUAACAAUGUAUGAUAUGGCGGAUGGCGGAACUACACCAACUAACCACGACACGGCUCACAGCGUGAGGCCUUAG